UCCCACCCACCUUCCACUCCCGACCCUGGGUCGACAUCGAGGGCUCCUGCUAAACGUGUGCUGCAGAGUGAAGAGGCAUGGAUGAGACGGAGCCGGAACCUGCAGUGGAUGUGGUGGUGCAGGCGGCGGCGACUUCUUCGUACGUGGACGAGCUCGUCCCGUACCUGUUGCUACUGGGGAACAUGUUACUGUUCAUGAUAGUUCGCCGGCUGGCAAACAGACUGUCUCCUCUCAAAUGGCGCCUGGCCAUCUCGGAGGCCAUCGGAACGUGGGAAUUGUGUAGCGACGUCGCGGAACUAGGCAUCGUGUACGAGCGGCACGGUGUCUGGGUGUACGCGUUGGCCCUGCUAGCGUGCUGCGUGUGGUGGUGCCGGUCGUUCGGCGACGCCGAGGCAUGCCCGUGCGGUCCCAUCGAGGACAUGCUGUUCGGCAUCGGGCCCGGAGACUACCGCGCCCGGCUAUUGGGACAAGCGAUGGGCGGACUGCUCACCGCUCAGUACAUAAUGUUCAUCUGGUCCUGGCACCUUAUCCCGGAGCACAAGACCUAUGGCGACAGCGGAAUGCCAGACAUCCCUUAUGGUAUAGUGAGCCCGACCAAGGGUGCCCUUAUCGAGGGCGCGAUCACGUGCGUCAGCCGGUUCGUGGCCAUGCGCUCCAUCUACUGGACAGACAACGUGGCCACCGCCAUCAACUCCAUUACUACGGUCAUUCUGGUGCUGGCCGCUCUGACAACAACUGGUGGUUACUUCAAUCCCAUCAUGGCGUCAGCACUUAUGCUCGGCUGUGCCGGAAGCACAACUACCGAGCACUUCACAGUCUACUGGGCAGGGGCACUCAUGGGUGGCUUCAUUGGACGUUAUCUGGACAUACGGCUAGAGUACGCCAUCAAGGAGAAAUAUGCUUAGACAACAGUGAGUCCUGUAGUGCACUCAGCCAACUCUUCGCCACUUAUUGCACUACCUAACAUGAGCGACGUGCCUAUAUUUUCGUUUUGUCUUCAUAGCGACCAUCCAGAACUAUGCCCUAGACAAAACUAGUGCACCUUUAAUAUUGCCCUAGUACAAUAAUACCUUCAUCUUGCUACAACAUUUUCACUGUCAACACACAAUGCCAAACUCAACAAUUUUUUGUGCAGUGUAGGUUGCCAUACCACAGCUGCUGCAGAGAAAGGCAAUUGCAAUUUUUCAAGCUGGAUAAUUCAAUUCUCAUAAGGUAGAUAAUAUACUUGAGCAGAAAACUUGACAAACUGGGUGCUAUUUUCUUCUGACGAUCAACAGUACUCAUAAAAUCGCAAUAUGGACAUGUUAUAAACUAUUGAAUUAAAUUUCAGAAUGUUACAUGCUAAAAAAAUUAUAUGAUUUUUUGCCGUGACUUAAAAAGGCUCUUAUCCCGAGUUUGAAGCGAGAUUCACCAACUGAAUACAGUGUCGGGUCAAUUUUUAACUACGUUACGUAAGCCUUAUAACUUUCACCAAAGGGGGCAGCAGAACAAGACGCCAGUUAUAAAACAAUAAAACCAAUUAGGUAAGCUUGGUGAAAAGUUCUUAGGUAAACAAGCCUUUUGCGUGGUGACACUUCAAAGUUAACAUCAUUCAUACCAGGUAUUUAAAUAUGUGAGACUAGGCCCUAUACACCUUUCUUCACCUCAUGAUGUAAAAUGUGUACAAAAACUGUUCCAUGUUUACUUCUUUCAGUUUGCAUGUAAUUAUCUAUAGAAAAUUAAAGGAAAUUUCAUAACCAUGCAA